AUGUUUGAUUGUCAUAUUAAUGUUGAGGUCUGCUCUACCAUUAAAGCCGUCAAAUAUCUCUACAAGUACAUCUACAAAGGCCAUGAUAAGAUCAUUUACCAAUUGGUUGCUUCAGAGCAAAAUGAAGAAAUUAAUGAAAUACGACAAUUUCAGGAUGCAAGAUGGGUAUCCCCACCGGAAGCAAUGUGGAGAAUCUACCGUUUUCCUCUUUAUGAAAUGCAGCCUGCUGUUAUUAGCCUACAGUUACAUUUAGAGGGUCAACAAACAAUCAACUUUAAAGAUGAUUCGAAUUUGCAAAGCAUAGCAGAAAGCGAUUUCAUGUCCAGAACGAUGCUUACACAAUUCUUUUGGAUGAAUGCUAAUCAUGAGAAGGCAAAACAACAAAAACUGCUCUAUGUCAAUUUUCCUGAAGAAUAUGUAUGGGACAAUCAAUCAAGAUCAUGGCAUGAACGCAAACAAAGAGGGGUAAUUGGGCGUAUCGUCACUGCAAACCCAAAGGAAGAUGAGAGAUAUUACCUCAGGCUUUUGUUAACGCAUGUUCCAGGACCAACUUCGUAUGUUGAUCUCAGAACUGUUCAAGGAAUCACAUAUCCAUCAUUUAGAGAUGCAGCAACAACUUACGGAUUGCUACAAGCUGAUGACAGCAAUGAAAAAUGCAUGGAGGAAGCAUGUGCAUAUCGAAUGCCCAUAUCACUAAGGCAAUUAUUUGCCACUAUUCUUGUGUAUUGUGCCCCAGCAAAUCCAGCUGAACUGUUGUUCAAAUUUGAAGAGCACAUGGUCAAAGACUAUAUUUCAAUCCAAAAACUAACCAAAGAGGCCGCACGCCAGCAAUCGCUCGCGGCAUUAAACUCCGAGUUACAAUCGAUGGGCAAGACGUUGAAAGACUUCCAGCUCUCCCACCUCCUUUCAUCAACGACAAACCAUGCCCCAAUCUGCAAGGAAAUCCAGGAUGAAAUAGAUCUUCAUAUAUCCGAGGCAGAUCUACGGAGCCCAGCCCUAUUAAACACAGAACAAGCCAUCGCUUAUAACCAAAUUCUUGAUGCAGUUUUCAAUAACGAGCCGUGCUGCUUUUUCAUAGACGGCCCGGGUGGAACAGAUGGCAGGUUAUCUUGCCAUGUCGGAAAACAAUCUGGUUUGGCCGCUCUCCUCAGAGAAACAGCCCUCAUUGUCUGGGAUGAAGCUUCGAUGGCAAAAAAACAAUCAAUUGAAGCACUGGAUGCUCUCCUCCAAGACAUUACAGAAAAGAAUGUUCUUUUUGGAGGAAAGGUAGUCGUUUUAGGAGGUGACUUUAGGCAAGUCCUGCCUGUCAUCCCAAAAGGAACAAAAGAAGAUUGUAUCAAUGCAAGUUUGGUAAAGUCUUACAUUUGGAAAUCGCUCACAAAGCUGAAGUUAACAGAAAAUAUGCGUGCCAGAACUGAUCCAGCAUUCAGUAGCUACAUUCUACGCAUUGGAAAUGGUUUAGAACCAGAAAAUGAAAGUGGCAAUAUUAAGUUGCCGGCCUUUUUAGCUCUGCAACCAACAGAAAUGAUGUCUGCUUUAGAUCUGCUCGUUAGAUUUGUCUUUCCAACCAUAUCCGCAGGUCCCCUCGACCUGUCGUCAUUGACAAAUUCAGCAAUUCUCACGCCAAAAAAUCAGGCGGUCGAUGAAAUUAAUCACGUCAUCACUUCCAACUUUCCAGGAGAGGAACACAGAUACCUGAGUAUCGAUGAAACAACUGAUCUAGCACAGCAGGGAUUAUACAUUGACUUCCUCAACUCCUUGGCACCACCAGGAAUGCCAACACACCAGUUGAUUCUCAAGAGAGAUAUCCCAGUCUACUACUCCGAAACAUUAACCCAUCAAAAGGAUUAUGCAAUGGAACAAGACUCAUAUGCAAAGAAUUCAACAAACACACGGUUGUUGGUGAAAUCACUGCCGGCGAAAGAAAAGGCACCACAGUUUUCAUUCCCAGAAUCCCAUUGCAACCCAGUGACCCCCAACAGUAUCCAAUCGAGUUCACACGCCGAUAAUUUCCCAUAA